AUGCUCCCUGGCCAUCAACCACCCAACAUGCGAUUCUUCGCACCCACACCAGCAGCACUGAACGGUGCUCCUCAACCCACCUACAGCGCACCAAAGCCAAGCACCCUCCCUGGCAACCCGCAAAAAAUCUACAUCAGCGGCGUCCACAAUCCCCAGCCGUUGCAACACGCUCGCGCUUGGUUUGCCACAGGGCGCUACUUGUACACCGGUCCAACCGCGCCCGCAGUCCCUCGCUCCCUCCAUCCCGCCGCGGACAACACUCUCAUUCCCUCCCACGAUCCGCACCACCCGCCCGUGUGGGAUCCCGCGGACGUGCGCUUCCGCGUCGGCUUCGUGCCAAAGUACGACGAGCUGAAUGGCGUCAAGGCGCUGUUGAAGCUGGAAGCGAAGCGCGGGAACAGGGUCGAAGAGCUAACGGCUGCACAUGAAGAUGCUAGAGGCGCACUUUCGCGGCGCGCGUUGCGCAAUGGCGCGGACCCGGGGGUUGGCGGCGGAGCGUCGCGUCUCCAGCAGCAGCGCGCUGGUAAUGGGGGAUAUGUUGUCGUUGAGCCGAUGCCGCCAGUGAUUGCGACGCAACAGCAUCAGCAGGGCUUCGCGCCAGAGAGGCGGUACUGCUUUCCUCAGAUGCAGACACAGCAGCCCGGUUGGAGCUACGCUGGUACCCAGAUUCGUAUGGUCCCGUCGUACCAGACUCGUCCUGGGUAUCAGUAUCAGUUCCAUAACAAUGCGGCCUCCUUCCAGCAAUCCGGCACGAACAUGGACGCGAACCGCCAUCAAUUCCAGCCUUACCACCCCUACCAGUACCCGCAACAGCAACAGCAGAUGCAACAGCAGGUGCAACAGCCUCAGCGUCAGUUUCCGCCCCCACAGAACAUGGUCCCGUUCGCCUCCUACGAUCCUCAGCCUGUGUACGCGCAGCCUCGUGCUUCUCACCCCGCUCAACCACAAGCUCGGCAGUUCGCGUACGGUCUACAGACUCAGGCUCAUCGCCCUAACGUCCAGUAUCAAGCCCCCCGCGGCGGUGCUACCCAGCAGACCAGCAACAACAACCAUACUGGCCGCGCUCAUCCUGGUGCCCCUCUCCCCGCAAGCGUGACUCGUGCUCCGCUACCAUCGGUUUACUGUCGAUUCCCGUUCUGA